GACCCCGCGUCCUUCCGCCACGCCGUUGUGUACAGUGCGCGGCACAGUGCAGUGUGUUGGUGUUGGUGGUGGUGAGCGAUGGCGCUGCUGAGGCUGCCCUCCAUCUCGCUGCGCUUGUCCGCCGCGGUCUCCACCGCCGUCUUCGCAAGAGAGACGGCCGCGUUGGCUGCGGCCGGCGUGAGGUGGGCGUCCAAGAAGGCGGGCAGCAAAGUUCGGAACUCGGCGCCCAAAAGUCCGGGCAAGCGCUACGGAUGGAAGAAGUUUGAAGGUGCCAUGGUUCACGCCGGCAACAUCCUCGCCACGCAGAGGCUCAUCCGCUGGCACCCGGGGGCGUUUGUCGGCAUGGGUCGGAACAACACGCUGUACGCCCUGGAGGACGGCGUUGUGCGGUUCACCAAGGAGGUGUACGUCCCUCCUCCGCGGAGCAGGGAGGCCUUCCAGGUGGUGUGCAAGCUGCCGCGAGGCGCCAUGCUCUACAAGACGUUCAUCAACGUCAUCCCUCCUCACCAGGAGGGGCGCUUCGUCCUCAAGGAAAUGAUGUGAGCGGCGGUGCGUCACGCCACUCUUCAGUGGCAGACCUCUCGCGUGAGCCUCAAGCCCACGGACUCGCUGCCUGGGGCUGGGGAAUGUGUGACCGAGUGGGAUCUUGCGUUUUUUCGGUAAAGUCACGUAGGUAAAAAGAAAGAAAAAAAAAGAAAAAUAAAAUAAUAUUUUUAAAAAUAAUAAUAGAAAUAAAAUAGUAACAUUCUUUUUUAUUAGUUUUAUUAUUUAUUUUAAUUUUUACCUACGUGACUUUACCGAAAAAACCUAAGAGUAUGAUUCCUUGCAGUCACGAAAGCUUCAAAUCUAGAAUUGGGAUCUUGCGCGCUGCGAGAGGCACAACUCUGGCUGUCGCCUGAUGAUGCCGCUUGUUGUAAUUACCGGCGAAACGUCACGGCACUCCAAUUGUAAAUGUUGUGGUGGGAUUACUCUCCAACACAACCGGUGUGCUGUACUAGUAACGAAUUGGCACGUUUUGUCUACGUGACAAACCUUACUAAUUGGCUGUGGCGGGUGGUGGCGGUUUGAACGACACAUUCAUAUUUACGCGAUCUAACCCAAAAACCUCCGUUAUGAAUGCGAGAGGAAGUUUCGUCGUCCUGUGUCACACAAGGGUGCACUUGAGCUCCCCUUUUUGCGGUUGACGCUUUAAUAAAAAAAAAUGAAACCCACACUGCAUUCUCGACUGCCUGAUUUAGCUGUUCUGCUGCUGCGGUGGGUGUUGCUGCUGCUGUGAUUUGGUGGCGAAAGUUUGUGAAACGUGUGGGGCAAAUGCAACACUUUGGGUUAGAUUGUGUAAAUAUAAAUGUGUUGUUAACCCAACAACACCUGUAAACAAAACGAGCCAAUUAGUUACUAGUUCAGCACACCGGUGUGUUGAAAGUAAACACAAGACAUUUACAAUUUGAGUACGACAUUUCGCUGGUAAUUACAACCAGCUUCAUCGGGCGAUUUUUUUUUAUUCACUGACAACACAUCGGGUGUGCUAAAUUAGUAACUAUAAUUGGCACGUUUUGUUUACGUGACAAACCUUACUAAUUCGCUGUGCUGAGUGAUGGUGGGUUAACGACACAUUUAUAUUUACGCGAUCUAACCCAGAUAACCUUUAUUACGUGUCGGGCCCAAGCAGGCUUUGAACCUGGAUAAUGCUUACAAAAGCAAUCGCCACGCACAGGGCGGGCGGUGGUGGCUACGCACGCCUGUUUAUCAGAGGUCGCAAUCGGGUACCCGAUACCCGUAUCCUACCCGAUACCCAGCUACCCGUACCCGGCUGGGUACGGGUAGCCGUUUGCGACCCUGGUGCGGCCGUGUAUGGGUACGGGUAGGCCGUGAGUCACUGGUGAGUCACCGUUUGUCACUCAUUUCCCAACGUCUUUUCUCACAAUUCAAGUUCCUAGAAUCAACCCACCCGCGCCUGCAACAUGGCUUCAUCCCAGAGGUCGCAAUCGGGUACCCGAUACCUGGCCGGGACGGGUAGCUGGGUAUCGGGUAGGGUACGGGCACCUGUUUGCGACCCUGGUGCGGCCGGGUAAGGGUAAGGAAUCAAAACCCGUUUGCGACCUCUGCUGUUUAUCCAGCACUGGAGGCUAGGAUUGAUGAAUCUGGCACAUGUUUCGUAACUCCCUUCUCCUGGUCUAACAGGGGGGGUAGGGCAUUUACGGGUGAUUUGGUCACGCAGUAAGUGGAUUCUAUUCUUGCGUAUGGCAAUUUGUUCAGGAGCUAGACUCCAUUGUUGAGGUCUACUAGCCACGACGAGAGGCUUUCAGGAGAGAAGAGAAUUGUGUCGUUUUCCUCUUCCUCCGUAGAAAGAGCACAAAUCACGGUGGUUUACGAUAUGGUCCACAGUUUUGGGUUGCAUGUCCAUAAUCGCACUACUGUGGCUGCCCUUUAUUGCAUCUCUAAUGGUCUCUAUCUCUGCCCAUGAGUUUGAAUUGUAUGGCCACAAUUGCACUGCUGUUGCCUGUGUCUUUAAUUUACUCAUUUUCGUAGGCGUUGUGCACAUCGGCCUGUUGAUGUCCUGAUGCGGUUGAUGGUUACACCACUGGUGUCUUCGAGGAAGAAUGUAAAAGCCAGGAGAUGUGCAAUGA